AGUGGCCCCUCAAAUGGGUUCUUCUGUGCUUUACAAUGGAACGGGAUCAUCAGAUGAUGGAUUCUACAUCACAGCCUUCCACACACUGGGCAAUAAGAACUACCUCAUCCUAGCUCUCUCUAUAAUAUACAUCAUCACUCUAAUGGGUAACUUUGUUCUGUUAGCAGUCUUCAUUAUGAACCCAAGCCUUCAAAAUCCAAAAUAUGUUGCAGUGUGCAAUUUAGCUGUGGUGGACAUCUCUUUGAACAGUGUUAUCAUCCCCCAGAUGGUGCCUGUAUUUGUGUUCAAUCUGAACUACGUCUCCUUUGGGACGUGCUUUUCUCAGAUGUUCUUCAUGCAUUUAUUUGGUGAUAUGGAGUCCUUCUCCCUGGCUCUCCUAGCGUACGACCGUGUGAUAGCCAUCUGUUUCCCUCUGCGUUACCUCACCAUCAACACCAACCUGAGGAUGCUGCUCCUCCUGCUAGGGAUCUGGACCCUGGCCUUCCUCUUGGAGGUCUACCCUGUCGCCCUGGCCUCUAGCCUGCCUUACUGUGCCUCUAGGGUGGUGCAGAGCUGCUGCUGUGAGCACGGCCCUGUAUACAGACUGGCCUGCUCUGACAUCUCUUUCAACAGGAAACUAGCAACAGCUAAAACUCUGGCUGUCCUGUUAGGCCCCCUGUCCUUCAUCAUCUUCACCUAUGCUGUGGUGGUGGUUGCGGUGCUGAAGUUUGCCUCGACUACCCAGCGGUGGAAAGCCUUCCACACCUGUCUCACUCACCUGCUGCUGGUACUGGUGUACUACCUCCCUGUCAUCCUGGCCUACGUCCUAGGUAACCUGCGCUUGGUGCAGUCCCCAGACCUCCUGACUGCCAUCCUCACUGUGUCUGUCACCCUGCCACCCAUGCUCAAUCCUAUCAUCUACAGCCUAAAGACAGAGGAGCUGCGGGAGAAAAUCAUCAAACUGUUUGUAAAGACAAAAGUUACUUCUCACAAAUGAGACUUUGCGUGGAGUUGUUGAUCGUAUUUUCAAAUCUGCAGCAAAAACUCCAAGAACUGUAGAUAUAAGAAAAGUUUCCAAGUAAGGUGACAUUCCCCUUGCAUUUUGUAUCUAUUUCAUUUCAGCAUUUUUCUGUUAAUACUGUUUUAUGAACACUCUAAUUCUUUAGAUAAUUGCAAUAAAACAAUGUCUGACUAUU